ACCAUAAUAAUUAUAAUUAUUUGCCACUCCUUCAUCAUCACCUUGGUGCCCCAUUUCCUCAAUCACAAACUUCUUUUCCUCUUUACAGCUUCUAAUUUCAAAACAAUCAGAGUACCAAUUUGUUAACCCACCAGAGAAACAAUCAUUUUGUUGGUAUCCCGAUAUCUCUUUCGCUUCUUUUGAAAUCUUCACUCUUCAAUAUCUUUUUUACCUGCUGGCCCUUUCUUAUGAUGAACCACUUGGGUUCAUAACGUUAAGUACUUUGUUCUGUUUCUUGGAAAUAUAUUACAAGUAUUUUUGGGUAACUUUCUUGGUUCUGAAAUUAUGGACCUCCAUUGUUUCUGGGUUGGCUUCUUUCUGUUUUCUGGCUUUUGGGCAGUUGCUUUCUGUGAUCAAGAUGGUUUCUUGAGCUUAACUUGUGGUGGAACUACCAAUUACACCGAUUCAUCCAGUAUCUCAUGGAUUCCAGACAGUGCAUACAUAAGCAUAGGCAACACCACCACCGUUGUCUACAUUGAUGGAACCUCCUCAUCUGGCGCCCCGGUUCGAUACUUCCCAGUUUCCCAAGAUCGCAAAUGUUAUGGACUACCAGUAACCAAUGUGUCAUCUUUGGUUCUUUUUAGAGCUCAAUUUGUGUACAAAAACUAUGACGGCCUUGGGAAACCCCCAUCAUUCUCUGUGUCUCUUGGGACAGCCAUUGUUAGCACCAUAGACCUCAGAAAAAACGAUCCAUGGACAGAAGAAUUUUUAUGGCCAACUGGUAAGGACACAGUCUCCUUCUGUUUGCAUGCUAUUGCAGAUAGAGGGACUCCUGUAAUUUCUACAAUUGAAGUUAGGCCACUUCCUCAAGGAGCUUACACAAGUGGCAUGGAAGAUUUCCCAAAUAAGUCACUUAGGAAAAGCUACCGAAUAAAUUGUGGUUACACAAAUGGAUCCUUGAGGUACCCUUUGGACCCGUAUGAUCGUAUUUGGGAUGUUGAUCAAAGCUUUGCACCAUUUCAUGUGUCAGCUGGGUUUAAGACUCAGCUUAGCUUCAAUUUCUCUGCUUUAAAGGAGGCUCCCCCUGCUGCUAUUCUUCAAACUGCUAGAGUUUUGGCACGAAGGGAUGUGUUGACAUAUAACUUUCCUCUUGAUACCUUGGCAGACUACUACAUUGUCCUCUACUUUGCCGGUAUUCUUCCUGUGUUUCCUUCAUUCGACGUCUUAAUUAACGGUGAUGUUGUUCAAUCAAACUAUACUGUGAGAAGCUCACAAGUUGGAACACUAUAUUUUACACUGAGAGGAACGAAGAGCCUGAACAUCACGUUGAAGAGCACCAGCUUCUAUCCUCAAGUCAACGCAAUCGAGGUGUAUGAAAUUCUUGAUAUUCCAGAGGAAGCCUCCUCCACCACAGUUUCAGCUCUUCAGGUUAUUCAACAAUCUACUGGUCUAGAUCUGGGAUGGCAAGAUGACCCUUGCUCUCCUGUUUCAUGGGAUCAAAUUGGAUGUGAAGGGAACAUAGUUACAUCAUUGGAGCUUCCAGACAUCUAUUUGAGGUCAGUUAGUGCAGCCAUCGGCGACUUGCUGGAUCUUAAAACACUGGAUUUGCAUAACACAUCGCUUGCUGGUGAGAUACAGAAUUUGGGUAGCUUGACACGUCUUGAGAAAUUGAAUCUGAGUUUCAAUCGGUUAACAUCCUUUGGUACUGAUUUGGAGAACUUGGUUAGCCUUCAAAUUCUGGACUUGCAAAAUAAUACAUUACAGGGAAUUGUUCCAGAGAGCUUAGGAGAGUUAGAAGACCUCCACUUAUUGAACCUGGAAAAUAACAAACUACAAGGCGCUCUUCCGCUGUCCUUGAACAGAGAAAGUUUGGAAAUCCGAGCAUCAGGAAAUUUGUGCCUCUCUUUCUCAACAUUGAGAUGCAAUGAUUUUUCAGCCAACUCUUCAAUUGAGAUACCACAAGUUACUAUCUUCACCGGAAAGAAACACACUGGACACAAUCAGUUAGCAAUUAUACUUGGUGCAAUUGGAGGAGCUUUACUUGCACUUGUGAUAUUUUUCUCUGUUUUAGUAUUCUUGUACAUGAGGAAAAAGAGAACUGAAAUCACAUCCACAGAAAGGGCAGUGUCAGAUAUGCGUAACUGGAAUGCAGCAAGAGUUUUUACCCACAAAGAAAUCAAAGCAGCCACCAACAAUUUCAAGGAGGUCAUAGGCCGUGGUAGUUUUGGUUCUGUUUACUUUGGAAGGCUUUCAGAUGGAAAAAUGGUGGCUGUGAAAGUGCGGUUUGAUAGAAGCCAACUUGGGGCUGAUUCUUUUAUCAAUGAGGUGAAUCUAUUGUCUCGAAUUCGGCAUCAAAAUCUUGUGUGCUUGGAAGGGUUCUGUCAUGAAGCAAAGCAGCAAAUACUUGUUUAUGAGUAUCUUCCUGGUGGAUCAUUGGCUGACCACCUUUAUGGUCCAAACAGUAAAAAAGUUUCACUGAGCUGGGUUCGCAGACUGAAAAUUGCUGUUGAUGCUGCAAAAGGAUUGGACUAUCUGCACAAUGGGAACGAACCUCGAAUCAUACAUCGAGAUGUGAAAUGCAGUAACAUCCUUUUAGACAAGGAAAUGAAUGCUAAGGUUUGUGAUUUUGGCCUGUCCAAGCAAGUAAUGCAGGCAGACGCAACUCAUGUGACCACUGUUGUCAAGGGCACCGCCGGCUAUCUUGAUCCCGAAUAUUACUCAACCCAACAGCUUACUGAAAAAAGCGACGUCUAUAGCUUCGGAGUUGUUCUUCUGGAGCUCAUUUGUGGGAGAGAGCCAUUGAGCCACUCUGGAACUCCAGACUCCUUUAAUUUGGUGUUAUGGGCCAAGCCUUACUUACAGGCAGGUGCAUAUGAGAUAGUGGAUGAGAGCCUAGAGGAGAGAUUUGAUGUCCAAAGCAUGAGAAAGGCAGCCUUAGUUGCUAUAAGGUCUGUAGAGAGAGAUGCAUCACAGAGGCCAACCAUAGCAGAGGUGUUGGCUGAGCUCAAAGAAGCUUACAGCAUUCAACUAUCGUAUCUCGCAUCACAUGAAAUGUGAACUCGAAUUUUACUUCUACAGGUAAAGGAACAAUGCUGUUGAUGCAGCCACAAGAUAAGGGAAGACUGUCCAAAUGCCCUGGAUGAUUUUCAAGUCAGAUAUGUAGUUACAAUAGUGAUAAUUUGAUAAAUGAAAUGAAUAAUUUGAUAUAUGAAAUGAAGAGUUGCAUACCACUGCUGUUGCAACAGUAGCAAGGGCAAAGACAGGGCGCUCCCUCAAGAAGAAUCCUAUCAACAACUGAGGUCAGAAAGCAAAGAGAAUAAGUUGAGUUAGUAGUUGAACUAGAAGGUUGUAUAUCAAUUUCUUGUCUUCCUAUAAAGCCAACUUUAGUCAUUGCCAAGAAAGCAAAGUUCCAUACUAAAGAAUCAAAUAGGCCCUAAAUACAGAAUCUUGAAAACGCUGUUGAUUAUUGUAUAGGUUUCUCCAGCAUAUUUUCAUACAUAAACCCUUCAAAAAGGGCGAAAAUUUGUAACUUGCAAAUUUUAACUCAUUUCUAAGUAUUGCAAGUUCAGUAAUGGAUUACACCCAGACUCGCCGCACGACAUAUCUUCUCCCUAGUUUUCAGAGAAUGCUAGAGUUUCACAACUAGCUAUGCAUGCAUACAGGGCAGCAGAAUCUCUAACAGAGCUGAACUGACCUGGAUGGGAAGGG